CCAGACCAUCAGGAGACUGUCAGAACCACGAAAGGCGUAGUUUUAAUCAACAGCUCGUUGUUUUAACAGCGUUUUAUUGAAAAUUGGUAUUCGCCAACAUGUCUGCUCUCAAGAAGGGAGACUUGUCUUCAAGCGAAAAGGAGUUGUUUGAGGUUAUUACUGCAGGUAAUGUCCAAGAGGCCUCGAGGCUGCUGGGCUGUAAGGAUGUCCGAGUCAAUUGUCUGGAUGAGUAUGGGAUGACUCCUCUCAUGCACGCCGCUUACAAAGGAAAAGCAGACAUGUGCAAGCUGCUGCUGCAACACGGAGCAGAUGUGAAUUGUAAUGAACACGAGCACGGAUACACGGCGCUGAUGUUUGCUGGCCUGUCAGGGAAGACCGAUAUCACGUGGAUGAUGUUGGACGCAGGGGCGGAAACAGACGUGGUCAACUCUGUUGGAAGGACGGCGGCGCAGAUGGCAGCAUUUGUUGGGCAACACGACUGUGUCACAGUGAUCAACAACUUCUUCUCCCGUGCCAGACUCGACUACUACACCAAGCCUCAGGGUUUGGAGAAAGAACCCAAGCUGCCCCCCAAACUGGCUGGACCCCUGCACAAGGUCAUCAUGAGCACCAACCUGAACCCUGUGAAGAUGGUGAUGCUGGUGAAGGAGAACCCCUUACUGGCGGAGGUUGAAGCUCUGGACAAAUGCCGGCGGGUGAUGGAGCUUAUCUGUGAGAAGUGCAUCAAGCAGCAGGACAUGAACGAGGUGUUGGCCAUGAAGAUGCACUACAUCAGCUGCGUGCUGGGAAAGUGUGCCUCCUUCCUCAAGGAUCGGGAGGACAAGCUAGAAGGCCUCAUUAAGAGUUUGCUAAAGGGUCGGGACAGCGACGGUUUCCCCGUGUACCAAGAGAAGUUUAUCAGAGAGUGCAUCCGCAAGUUCCCUUACUGUGACGCCACCCUGCUGCAGCAGCUGGUGCGGAGUAUCGCUCCUGUGGACAUCGGUAAUGACCCCACGGCUCUGUCAGUGAUGACUCAGGCCAUCACAGGUCAGGUGGGCUUCAUGGAUGCAGAGUUCUGCACGUCCUGUGGAGAGAAAGGAGCUGAGAAGAGAUGCUCCAUCUGUAAAAUGGUGAUCUACUGUGACCAAGCCUGCCAAAAGAUGCACUGGUUCACCCACAAAAAAGUCUGUAAGAAGCUCCAAGAGCAGAGAGAGAAGCAAGAAGUUGAAACGGCCAAACUGCGGAUGCAGCAGAGCAAAGAGGAGACUACAGCGGUGCAGGAGGCCACGGACUCCAUGCAGGAGCUCUCAGUGGAGGCCAACAGUGAGGUCGCCGCCUUAGACUCUGCAGCAGAAGCCUCAAACCCUACUUCCAUCCCAGCUGCUGACAACUGAGGAGCGCCUUAACAGUCGACGGCACCGACCGACCGACCUCCUCCAGAGUACAUCCAUACACCGCACACGGAGACCAAACCGCAGUUACACUAAAAGCCAGGCAAAGACUGGUGCAGGUGGAGAGAAGAGCCCAUAUUUAUUAUCAACCUCAGACUGUCAUCGGAGCAGGGGGACACUAAACCACACAAGGAAUGUUUGUGCCACAGCUGUCGUCUUCUCGUCCGUUUACUAAGUUAAUUUUUUCAGAUGAUGUUGUCGUAUGUGAAUGUGAACGCUGCGUAGGCUGUUUGUGGUAGAGGUCACUGGGAGGAAACAUAAACGAAGAGCCGAUGGUUCACAUCCACGACGGGACGAAAUUCUGCCUUAAGAAACUGUAGCAAACCGCGCGGGGACGGAAGUGACUGCGUAGCCAAUCAGAGCUGUUUGUUUGUUUGCGAUAUACUUGGACGUGUUAUCGAGGCGUUCCUUUUGUACCGAUGGCCUCGUGGUAGCUCGUGAGUGGAUAGCAUGGCUGCACAAUGUUGACCAAAAAAAAUGUAUAUUUUUCAAUAUGAAUGACUUAAACAUGAGUUUAUUUUUAGUGUGUCGUGAAUUGUGACGUUAACGCUCAGGAUUUUCCAGAUUAGAACGAAAUGAAAAUGUUUUUUUUUUUUGUUUUUUUUGUUCUCUAAAAUCCAACAGUUGGUUCAGACGUCGUCGCACAAGAAGACAAAACAUCGGCUUGUUCGAUAUUCCCUCUCGUUUCUUGUGCGGCGUGAGUGGACAGAGCAGCUGGAGGGACGACAUGGCGUCCAGUUAGGCUCUGUUUGACCUGAAGGCAUCCGACAUGUCCGGCUACAUUAAAUAAAGACCAACUUCACUGA